AUGAGGACGGUGGCGCUCGGCAUUGUGGCCAUGGCCUGCCUCGUGGCGGUGGCGCGGGGCGGCAACUUCUUCCAGGACUCCGAGAUGACCUGGGGGGACGGCCGCGGCAAGGUCGUCGACGGCGGCCGCGGGCUCGACCUCACGCUCGACAAGACCUCCGGCUCCGGCUUCCAGUCCAAGACCGAGUACCUCUUCGGCAAGAUCGACAUGCAGAUCAAGCUCGUCCCCGGCAACUCCGCCGGCACCGUCACCACCUUCUACCUGUCGUCGCAGGGGGCGGCCCACGACGAGAUCGACUUCGAGUUCCUGGGCAACGUGACCGGCGAGCCCUACACGCUGCACACCAACGUGUUCGCCAAGGGGCAGGGGCAGCGGGAGCAGCAGUUCCGCCUCUGGUUCGACCCAACCAAGGCCUUCCACACCUACUCCAUCAUCUGGAACCCGCAGCACGUCAUAUUCGCGGUGGACGGCACGGCGAUCAGGGACUUCAAGAACCACGAGGCGCGCGGCGUGUCGUUCCCCAAGAGCCAGCCGAUGCGGCUGUACGCGAGCCUCUGGAACGCCGACGACUGGGCCACGCAGGGCGGCCGGGUCAAGACCGACUGGAGCAAGGCGCCGUUCGUCGCCUCCUUCCGCAACUUCAACGCCGACGCGUGCGUCAUGUCGGGCGGCGCGCAGCGCUGCCCCGCGGGCACCAUGGAGGCCUCCGCGGCCGGCGCAAACGGCGGCAGCGGCAGCUGGUGGAACCAGGAGCUCAGCGGCAUGGGGUACCGCCGCAUGCGGUGGGUGCAGAGGAAGUUCAUGAUCUACAACUACUGCACCGACCCCAAGCGGGUGGCGCAGGGCCUGCCCGCCGAGUGCAAGCUCCGCUGA